GGGUUUCCUGGUCGCAGCAGGCAGCGCUAAUACAAAGUACUUUCCAUGAUGUUUGGUGGAUACGAUAAUAUAGAAGCAUUUGAAGAUGAUCUAUAUUGCGAAGAUUCUUCCAGUGAAACAAGUAUUGAUAGUGAGGUAGAAUUUCAUCUUUACAGUCAAGUCCAUUAUGCACAAGACCUUGAGGAUGUCAAUGGACAAGAAGAAACUGAAGAAAUGGGAUCUGUGAAGAAUCCGAGCUCAGUGAGUAAACAGGACCAGAGAAAUAAUUCUACUAUAAUUUCAGAUAGUGAUAUUAUUCACAUUUCAGAUAGUCCAGAUGUCAUCACCUUAUCUGAUACCCCUGAUGAAGAUAGUAUUUACCAAAGCAAACUCCAGAAGCUAACGAUACCGCAGUCUCCAACUCUAGGGCGAAUGUGCAACCUUGCUGAGCCCAACUUAUCGAAAUCUACUAGAGCGUCUUCACAGAUUAACCUGAAUUCGAAAACACGGGCUACAGAAACUUCAAGAAAAGAGAAAAGAGCUACUGAAAAGUCAAUUUCUUUUCACCGUGAUGGUGUUCGCAUGAUCCACAAGAUCUUAGUAAUAGAGGAUAGCUCUAGUGAUGAAGAUGCAGAAGAUGUGGCAAGUGUAGCCUCUGAAAGUGAUAACGUGGAGAACUGGAUGCUGUUGGGAGGUGCCAGAGAUGACAAAGAUGAUAAUAUCCUCUUAAACCUUGAGGGUUGUGGAACUUCAGCCAGUGAAGGCGAAGGUGGAGCGGGCUGGACCAUUGGUGAUAAAGACUUAGAGGCACACAUCGGUAACUAUGUUACAGUGCGGCGUAACAACAGAUACUACAUGCCAGACAAAAAUGUCACUUGCAGAAAUUGUGAUAAACGAGGUCAUUUAUCAAAAAAUUGUCCUAACCCAAAGAAAAUGCCACCAUGUUGUCUCUGUGCACAAAGGGGUCACCUACAAAACAGCUGUCCUGCAAGAUUUUGUUUCAAUUGUUGUUUGCCAGGACACUGCUCUAGAGAGUGCCUUGAAAGAACGUACUGGAAAAAACAAUGUAACCGCUGUGAUAUGAGAGGCCAUUAUGCGGAUGCUUGCCCAGAAAUAUGGAGGCAGUAUCACCUAACAACCGGGCCAGGACCACUCAAGAAGGCCCCUUCUUAUUCUGAGCAUUCUCCUUCAGUGUACUGUUACAACUGUGCAGAGAAAGGCCAUUAUGGACAUGAAUGCUCAGAGAAGCGGAUGUUUGGAGGAACAUUUCCUACCUUUCCCUUCGUCUAUUACUAUGAUAACGAAUAUGAUAUCAAGAGGAGCACCCAGAGAGCAAAGAAAAAAGUGCAAGAACUUCAAGAAGCUGGUCUUCUGCCAAAGGCUCUGAAGAGACCAUACAUGGACGAUGACCAAAAAGUCCACAGCCAAAAGAAAAAGAGGAAAGAGUUGAAAGAGCAUGACAAGAGAGGUGAUAAGCAUUGUAGGAAGCGGAAAAGAAAGUCCCAGGCAGACACAUUCAAAGGAAGGAAGCAUAAGACAGAGGUCCAGGGCAACUAUAACAUAGAAGAGAACUUUCCCAGAGGUGGUCACGUGAAUGCUCUCAAAAGGAGCAGGAAAACCAGCACACAGAACCGCUUUAGCCUCCCAACAAAUGGGGGCAAAGCAGAAAUCCUUCAUGUUUCUCAGGAGGCAGCAAAAAAGCGGAAGAAAAAGAAAAAGAAAAACUACACAAGAAAUAGUCCCACCAGGGAUGAAAGUUUAUUUCUUAUAAAACAGAAGAAAAAGAAAUCAAAACUGAAACCCAGUUGCUAAUCUCACAAAAGGUAGCUUGGGUGCGGGGGCUUAGGCUGAGGCCAGUUUUUGGCCCCACAGUUAUGAUGUGGAACACAAAACCAUCUAAGUACAGGCUGGGAUGCCAAAAGAGCAGUGACUUUGCCUGUGCUGUUCCAUAAAGAACGUAAUUAAGUGUGUAAUGUAUAUAAGAGUACGUCAGUACUGAUGGUUUUCUACAGUUUCUGUAUUUGGAUCGAACAUAUUGCAGGGAAGGAAUUUUGGAGGUAUGUGACAGAGUGAAAGCAAAAUGAAGAUGAGUCUUCUCUGUUGCGUCGUGUUUUUAUAAAUCCUAGUUUUUGUUCAAGCACUUCUGCUUAGCACAUGUGAUUUUAUUUGCAUGCACGCUUUAAAGAAGUGUUUUCUAAACUAGGGAACCAUGCAGAGGGCAUGGAUAAAUGUAAAGCCACUCCGUAUGUUUGACAGAAGUGGUGACAGAGGAAGCGUGAAUCGUUUAUGCUUUCAGGGCUCAUGCAGUGUCAGAACGUGUAUUACACACAUACUGCAAGACUCAACGGUAAUAGUUACUUCCUGCUUCCUCUGUCAGUGCUUCUGUACAAUGGGUCUAGGGAAAAGGGAGGAAGAAUGCAGGGGAGUUCUCUUCUGCACCCUAAUUUAUUUUCCUGCCAGAGUCUGUCAUGACGUAGUCAUCUUGUGCUGAUGACGUCUUCUGCCUUAGAGAAUAUUAAGGUGUCUUGAAUUUGUCAUGGGCACAAGUUUGAUUGCCAGGCCUGGUAAGAGAGCAAGCCUUUAAAUCUGAAGGCUUAACUCCUGAAAUGGCUUUGUACAAGUAGAUGUCCAGUUGCUAAAGAAUAUAAUCACGUAUGAAAUGUACCCAUUCUCAAAAAUAAAUUGUUUAAUAGUUCAAUUUCUUUAAAAUGAGGUAUUUUUGUACUUUUAACUGAAUUGCAGUUAAAAUUUGUUAUAGAAAUAAAUGAAAUAUCCAAGGGAGAAAGCAAUCA